CGGAGAGUGGGAGAUGCAAAUUUAUUCGCCGAGUCACUUGUCAUCAUCCCCGGUCGUAAUUGUUCAUUAUUUUGCUGAUUCUGCUGGACGAACAGGGACUGAAAUUGUUCAACUGAAAAUAACAAAAUAAAAAUGGCUAGGCGAUAUGAUACUCGUACGACAAUUUUCUCUCCGGAAGGGCGUUUGUACCAAGUCGAGUAUGCUAUGGAAGCAAUUGGUCACGCCGGAACUUGUUUGGGAAUUUUGGCCACGGAUGGAAUUAUUCUCGCCGCUGAAAAGAAGAAUACCAAUGUACUUCUGGACGACGAGAAUUUCUGCUCAGAUAAAAUAUACAAGCUUUACGAGGACAUGGUCUGCAGUGUUGCCGGGAUAACUUCGGAUGCUAACGUACUUACAAAUGAACUCCGGGUAAUUGCUCAGCGAUAUCUUCUUCAAUAUGGAGAGCCAAUGCCUUGUGAGCAACUUGUAUCAUGGCUUUGUGAUAUCAAACAAGCUUACACCCAAACAGGAGGUCGUCGGCCUUUCGGUGUCUCAUUAUUGUAUGCUGGAUGGGAUAAACAUUACGGAUUCCAGCUGUAUCAAUCUGAUCCAAGUGGAAACUAUGGAGGAUGGAAGGCCACUUGCAUCGGAAACAAUAGCAAUGCUGCUGUGUCUAUGCUAAAGCAGGAGUAUAAAGACGGCGUCACACUUCAGGAAGCAAAAACACUGUCAAUCAAGAUUCUUGCAAAAACGUUGGACACUACUAAAUUAAGUCCAGAUAAAUUGGAAGUUGCAACUGUCACUCGCGAUGGACAACGUACAAAAAUGACUGUUUUGAAGCAUGAAGAAUUAGUGAAACUUAUUGCAGAGCAUGAACGUAUCGAGAAAGAAGAAGAAGCACAAAAGAAGCGAGAAGCUGACUCUAAAUCCGAUCCGUAAUUUAAUGAUCAUUAUUUUAAAACAUAGUAAUUAGUUUAAAAUCUUUCACCCUAUAGUAUCAGUCAAACUUAUUACAGCAUUGAGCAUUUUUGUUUAAAAUCCAAAUGUUACUCUAAAUUAAAAUUGUGGUACCAUUAUCAAAGCAAAUAUUGUUAUCCAUAUUUGUCCAUUUCCCCCCAAAAAAGGUAAAUAAUAAACUUUUCUACUUUAAUGUCUUUUCAAAAA